CCCAGACCAGUAUCUUUCUCUUGAUUGGAGUCAACAUGAUUUCUAUUGAGCUGCUGAAGAGACGUGUUCCUCUAUAGCAACCUCUUUAUGGACUAAAAUGGGGCAGUUACGCAAAUGUGCACUGUUUGCGUUGGUUCUGAUGGCAGUGCUACACAAUUCAUCAGGUGGAAAGUCGUCCCGGCAAAAGAACACCUCUACUAAGAAGACAUCAGAUAAGUCGUCACAGGGGACCAAGACCCAACCUACCUAUCCCAAGCAACCCUCCUAUCCUGCUGCAGGAAGUAACCCAGGCUACCCUAACCAGCAGUAUCCUGGUAAAGGUGGCUCCAGUCCCAGAGCAGGUAGCUAUCCAGCUGGUGGAAGCUAUCCGUCAGCUGGUGGCAACACCAAUCAGUAUCCAGGAAGAUGUGGAUCCAACCCAGGAGGAUAUCCCAACCAGAAUCCUGCAGGAGGGGGUUACCCUAACCAGUAUCCGGGUAGAAGUGGGUACAGCCCUGGUGGGUAUCCAGCAGGUGGAUCGUACCCAGUAAGACGUGCAGAACAGCCUGGAGGUUACCCAGGAGGACAACCUUCCACUGGAGGGGGAUAUCCCAACUGCAACCCCCAAAAUACUAUUCUCAGUCCCCGCUAUGGAGGCUCCUUUGGAGGUGGUGGGUUUAGCACGGAUGGCUCGCCAUUCUCAAAUACAGUGAAAAGCAUGGGUUAUGGUCCUUCUUCUAAAUCCAAAGGCUUUGCAAAAAAGGCAAUGCUAGCUGCAGGUGUUGGUACAUUGACAGGAAUGGCCAUAGGCUAUGGAAUCGGAAACUUUCAACGCCCCAACUUUCAGUUCCGUAGCCCUCAGGAGGAAUGUCAAUACAACCACUAUAUGUACAAACAUCAGGGUACUCGUUCUAAAGACAAAAGUAACAAAGGGGGACCCAACAACACAUCAAAGCAACCAUCCCAGACUGAGCAAUACAUGUCAUAUGAGCAAUACAUGAGUACAUGCAUGAAGCGAAAGGAUCUUUUGAAAGAGCAGGAUAUGCCAGAUUCCGCAGAUCGCAAGAACAUUCAAAGAAAUGAGCCACUGACUGAUGCAGCCAUUAAUACCACCUACCAAGGUGGGCCGGAGAAGAACGACACCGCAUCCCCUACGACCCUCAGUAAUUAUAUAAAAGCUUCUGUGAUUCGUGAAGAAGAUGAUGACACAGUGAGUAUCGUACAGAUUGGUUAUCCAGCUCUCAUUGAGCAGAUGAAAGCUCGAAAGUGUGUUGAGAUGUACUUGGUGUAUUCCGAGAGCUUCGCGGAGAAGCGGAGAAACAUUUCCAGUUCUUCAAAUAACCAUAAUGGACACUGUGUCUCUGGAGUGCUUCUGUUGCUCACUACUUCCUUUAUGCUACUUAGUAGCACUUAGUAGCACUGUCAAUAUUGAUUAUAUAUAAAGGAAUGCAUUUGCCCGUCCUUUCCACUCUCUCAGUCUAGGAAUCCAAAGGUGAUGUUACAUGUUAAAUGUUGUGUAUAUUAUCAGUCUUGACUGGAAGUUUCUCUGAUCUGCUCAAAAUGUAACAAGACUUCUUUUCUAACUGGCUAUUUAAACUACAGUAUGAGGUAAAUAUAAAAUAUACUGGCCAUAUGCAUUUUAUGCAUGUAUUUUGUUAUAAAUAAUUAAUUGCA